AAUCUCGGCACGUUGACAGAUCUUGAAAAUACUCCACUUUUCAGUACAGCGUUUGAUUAUACACUAGCAGUUAUUGAAAAACGAGUUCUUAAUUCUUUAUGGCCCAUCUUAGAGAAAUUCAAUGAGCAAGGACGAAAAAAUCGGGAAUAUUGCAAAGUCCUUGAUGAUUUUGCGUUCAACAUCAUUCAGCAUCGAAGACGAGAACCUUUAAAAAAUGACAUUCCCACUGAUAUCCUACACCUGUUUAUGGAUGCUAGACAUGAUAAUGGGGAGGAAUUAAAUGACAAAGAAUUACGUGAUAUUAUUUUGAAUUUGAUAAUUGCUGGUCGAGAUAGUACAGCAAAU